ACUCAAGUAUUGAAUGAAAGUCACUAUUAUUUAUCAGAAUGGUUAGACUAUAAUCUGAAUGUUAUCGGUUUUAGAAAUAUUUGUCUUAUCAAUGUUGGAUCCACUGAAAUCAUUGAGAAAUUAGUGAAAAAAUUUAAUAUUGCUAUUGUAAAUAAACAAAAUCUUGCUCAAGAAUUUAGUUAUUGUUUGUCCUGUUUCAAUACCAUUAGGCCUGAUGAUUUGUUAAUGAUUCUAGAUGUCGACGAAUAUUUAAACGUUAAACAAGCGGAUUACAUUUAUGAAAAUUAUCAUAAUUAUGAUCAGUUUUAUUUUGAGGAGGUCAAAUACGGUUAUGUUUAUGAGCAAGAUAAAGAUUUGUACAAUCGAUCGUUGUUAACUACAAAUGUCUAUCGCAAACCCCAUGUUAAAUUAGGUGAAUAUGUGACUAUCGAUUUACAGAGACUAUUUAAUUGUUCAACUCAUUAUGGUUGGUAUUCAUGUGAUGAUUCGUAUGGAAAAACAAUGAUCAAAUAUGGACGAAUCAGAGAAUUAGGUACACAUUUUCAUAAGACAACAAUGAAUGUCUCCAAAACGCUCGAUGUAGAUAUGAAGUUUGUACGCUUGAAUCAUUAUGCCAUUCGAACAAGAGAAGAUGGAUUAAGAAAAGGACAGAUGUGGAAUAAACUGGGAUCGAAAAUAGGUGUUAUCCAUACAAAUAAAUAUUUCAGAAUAAUCUAUGAUGAUUCUAUCUUGAACUCAAAACGACUGAAAUAA